AUGUCAGGGUUGCUCAAUUCAUCGCUUAACGGGUCAAAUUCAAAUCUUCCGGACAGCUCAGGAAGACCAUUCUCACCAUCAUUUUCUAGCCAGCCUGGUGCUGGUUCUCCUGUUUUUCAUCACACUGGAAAUAUUCAGGCACUGCAUAAUACUCAUGGAAAUUUCAAUGUUCCCAAUAUGCCCGGAGCCCUUGGAUCAAGAAACACCACCAUGAAUAGCGUUCCCUCUGGUGGCUUGCAACAAGCUGGCGGAAAUAUUUCUAGUGGACGCUUUGCAUCAAAUAACCUUCCAGUUGCUCUUUCUCAGAUAUCUCACACUGGUGCACAUGUUCAUUCAGGGAUAACGAAUAGAGGUGCUAUGAAUAUUGUGGGAAACCAAGGGUAUAACAAUAGCACUAAUGGCGUUGGUGGUUCAAUCCCUGGUAUUUUUCCGUCCUCUGCGGCAAUCGGUAACCGAACCACUAUGCCUGGUGUUGGUGUGAAUCCAGUUCUUGGAAACUCAGGUCCACGGAUUACAAGUUCAAUGGGGAAUAUAGUUGGUGGGGCAAACAUGAGCAGAAAUAUUAGCUCAGGUGGCGGAUUAUCUGUACCUGGUCUUGCUUCUCGCCUAAAUUUAGCUACCAAUGGUGCCUCUGGAAAUUUAAAUGUGCAGGGACAAAAUAGGCUGAUGGGUGGUGUACUCCAACAAGCUUCUCCACAGGUAUUAUCCAUGUUAGGCAAUUCCUAUCCUACUGCUGGCAGUCAUUUAUCUCAAAGCCAUGUUCAACCUGUAAAUAACCUUACUAGUAUGGGCAUAAUGAAUGAUCUGAAUUCAAAUGAUGGUGCCUCUUUCGAUAUCAAUGAUUUCCCUCAGUUGACUAGUCGUCCCAGUUCUUCUGGAGGCCCACAAGGACAAUAUGGUUCAUUGCGGAAACAGGGUCUUCCUCCUAUUGUUCAACAAAAUCAAGAGUUCAGCAUUCAAAAUGAAGAUUUUCCAGCCUUACCUGGAUUUAAAGGUGGUAAUGUUGAUUUUUCUAUGGACUUACACCAGAAAGAACAACCUCAUGAUAGCUCUGUUUCUAUGAUGCGGCCUCAAAAUUUUUCUAUGGGGAGAUCUGCUGGUUUUAAUAUGGGUGCAACAUACUCAUCACAUCGACUACAGCAGCAGCAACCACACACUCCAUCAGGAAGCGGUGGUGGUGGGCCCUUUUCGAAUGUGAAUAACCAAGAUCUGUUCCAUUUACAUGGCUCUGAAAUGUUUCCAUCAUCACAUUCCAACUUUCACUCACAGAGCAGUGGACCUCCUGGGUUAGGACUGCGACCUCUGAAUACGUCGACUUUACUAUCUGAUAUAGGGCCGUAUGACCAGGUUUUACAGCCAUAUCAGCAGCAUCAAAAUCGAUCACCAUUUCGUCUCCAACAAAUGUCUGCUGUUGGUCAGCCUUUUCGGGAUCAAGGGGUGAAGCCUAUACAGGCUGUCCAGGUCGCAUCGGAUCCAUUUGGUUUGCGUGGUUUGUUAAGUGUGAUAAGAAUGAGUAAUCCAGAUUUGACAUCUCUUGCACUUGGCAUUGACCUAACGACACUUGGAUUGAACUUGAAUUCUACUGAAAAUCUCCACAAGACAUUUGGUUCCCCAUGGUCAGAUGAGCCUGCCAAGGGAGAUCCUGAGUACACUGUGCCUCAAUGUUAUUAUAACAAACAACCACCUCCUCUAAGUCAAGCAUACUUCUCAAAGUUCCAACUGAACACACUAUUCUAUAUUUUUUAUAGUAUGCCAAGAGAUGAAGCCCAAUUAUACGCGGCAAAUGAGAUGUAUAAUAGAGGCUGGUUUUAUCAUAGGGAGCAUCGAUUGUGGUUCACAAGAGUUGCUAACAUGGAGCCUCUUGUAAAGACAAAUGCAUACGAGAGAGGUUCUUAUAUCUGCUUUGAUCCUAACACGUGGGAGACAGUUCACAAGGAUAAUUUUGUUCUCCACUAUGACAUGUUGGAAAAGAGACCAGGUCUACCUCAACAUUGA